GACUUCGUUCACUCAUCCACCACCGUUCAGGUGAAAUGCUAGCAGAGAACAAAAAUGGAGAUUGACGACACAUCAGGUGGAGUAUCCAUUGCCUUUCCUCUGGGCUUAGCUCUUCUCAUUGCCGUCUUGUUCUUCUUCUGCAGCUUCUUCUGCUGCUGCUUGCACUGGGAAAAGCUUAGACCUUUGUUUCCAUUUUCUUCUGGGAAUAUCAGCACUCACCCUCAUCACACACACCCACUCACAGACAUAACCCCUCCUCACAAACCAGGCUUUCCUGUCUUGAUGAUGAAGCAGAACUGUGGUGAGAGCUUGCCAGUGCUGAUGCCAGGAGAUGAGGUUCCAAAGUUCAUAGCUUUAGCAUGCCCAUGUCAGCCUCCAACAAAUGAAAGGAUCACAAUCCAUGUGCACAAGACAGCACCAAAUGAUUUUUGUUGACGAACAACAUAAAAAACUGUAGACACCAAGUUGCAACCAGAAAACUCAUCUCAGGAUCCUGCAAGAAAUUUCGGCUCUACAAACUCAAACAUCUGUGGAUAGCUUUGUGUUGAGUUGAGCGAGAUGAUUAAGAGAAGCUCGCGGAGUUGAAGUAAUGAUUGGGAAAUUAAAGCUGUGCAUGAUCAUCUCCAUCUGUAUAUAACUUUCCUUUUGGAUGGUAAUGGUAUGCACUGCAGCAUGAAAUUUUAUGUUCUGCAAAAUUUACAAGUUGGUAGCAAGAUGUUGCAAAUAAUAGAGUACAAGCCAGAGAUGGUUUAUAUGAAUGAACAACAAUGAGUUGUAUGGUGAACAUCAAUUUAAUUAGGUGACGGACUUUUGAUAGGAACGAGGAAAAUUGAUCUAACAAGGUAAAGUCGUGGUGACUUUCCUUCAAAGUCACAAUCUAUGCGCAUGCUUUUUGGAUAUGUUUGUUAAAUAAAUAUUUGCAUACAGAUUUUGUUUUAA